AGUAGCUAGCUGAUAGCUAGCUGAAUCUCCCAUCUAUGUUCUAUGAGUUCUACGUAGUGCACGUACAAAAUUUGUACAUGUACGUAUUUGUGUUGUGAUCCCCCAAAGGAACUCACUCAAGGCGAAAGAAGCAUCUAGCUCAGAGGAAGAAGGGUGGGAAGUAGGUGCAUUAGUAGUGGAAGCUGCUGGGGCAACUGAGAAUGAUGAAGUAAUCCGUCCCAGGAAAUUGUGCCACCAACUAAUCCAUAUUGAAUUUGAACACGAGGGAGGAGUGCAAAAUCGUCGGGACUGUCCCUUCCUUCCAUCCAUCCAUUCGUUCUAAUUGUGUGGUCCAGCUAUUCGUCAUGGAAGACAUCUUUCAUUGGAUCCGCAAGGGUGAUGCCAUCCAGGUGCGUCUCUGGUUGGACGAUACCGAACAUGACAUGAACCAAGGGGAUGAUCAUCAGUUUUCCCCAUUGCAUUGGGCCGCUAAAGGGGGUCACAGCAAAAUUGUGGACAUGUUGAUCCAACGUGGGGCUCGGGUGCAUACCACCAACAUGGGAGAUGACACGCCUCUUCAUUUAGCCGCGGCUCACGGACAUCAAGACAUCGUGCAUACGUUGCUGAAUCACAAGGCUGAUUUGAACUUCAUCAAUGAGCAUGGCAACACGCCGCUUCAUUACGCGUGCUUCUGGAAUUACGAGUCUGUGGCCUUGGAUCUGGUGAAAGCAGGCUCUUUAGUGGCCAUUCAAAACAAAUACGGCGAGAGUCCGCUAGACAAAUGUCAAGGGUCCUUAGGCCAUCGCCUCUACGAACUGGCCAAGGAACGUGGACAAGAUCUGAACCGACGUGAGUUCAAAGAUCAGAGCUGGAUCGGUCUCAAGACGCGAUCCCGAGACGCGACUCUUUCUAGACACAAAGGCAUCAAUAUUAAUGAGUUGUAUCUUCACACCAAGAUAGCCACCUCACAAACCGGAGAAACUUGGCGAGGGAAGUGGCAAGGAAAUGAAAUUGCUGCCAAGAUUUUGAACGUACGCGAAUGUACGCCGAGGAUUUCGAGGGAUUUCAAUGAAGAAUAUCCAAAGUUAAGGAUUUUUUCUCAUCCUAAUGUGAUGCCAGUGAUUGGAUGUUGUAACUCUCCUCCCAAUUUGGUGGUGAUCUCCCAAUUUAUGCCCGUUGGGUCACUCUAUCAAGUGCUGCACGAAGAAGGCGGGAUCGUCGUGGAUUCUAACCGAGCGCUUCAUUUUGCCAUUGAUAUCGCUAAGGGCAUGGCUUUCCUCCAUUCAAUUGACCGUCAAACGCCGAGAUUCCAUCUCAAUUCCAAGCACGUCAUGAUUGAUUGUAUCGCCGACGAAGAGUUUUGCGCCCGGGUAAAUAUGGCCGAUGCUCGAUUCACCUUCCAAGAGCGAGGCAAAAGCUACCAUCCGCAAUGGAUGGCCCCCGAGGCACUCCUCAAAGAUCCCAAGGGCAUCAACACUCGAGCUGCUGACAUGUGGAGCUUCGCCAUCCUUCUGUGGGAACUGAUGAGUCGGGAGUUGCCUUUCCCAGAGCUCAACCCAAUGGAGGCAGGAAUGCGGAUCGCCAUGGAAGGCCUCAGGAUCGAGAUAUCGCCUGGCAUAUCUCUGCAUAUGAAUAAACUCAUCCGUAUCUGCAUGAACGAGGAUCCUGGGAAACGGCCUUCGUUUGAGCAAGUCAUUCCAAUCCUCGAGAAGAUGAAGAAAUGAGAGACGAUGUUCAGAUUGGCGGAACAAAUGGCAAUCCACGAUCCGCGAUUAACAACAACAAUCCCACGUCUGUCUGUCUAGCCGCUUGGAAUGGAUGCAGACCGGUUCCCUUCGGGCCUAUGAACUGUGCCUAUCUUGACUACUUGACUAAAUCAACUGCAUUGUAUAAACCAUAAAUUUGUAACUCAUGGUGCUAUUUACUAUAAGAGGAGAAUCGUCAAUCUUGGGCUGACUCGAUUUCUUUUCAAAAGGGGAGAAAUGCGACGAUGCUCUCUCGUUCUAAUCAUUAUUGAUUGACCAAAUGUACCAUCCAUCCAUUGUAUUGAUCAUUCGAUUGAUAUGCUUGUAUCUCAGAGGAACCGUUUGUUAUACAUUAUCUUUGUCCAAGUGCGAAUUUAACCAUAACCAAUAAAACUCACAUGCAUGAAACCACUAAA